AGAGAACCUGUCCCUCCAUUAGUGGAAACAAUGAAGGCUCGUGGAGAACCUAGAUCUAAUCUUUUACGGUGGAUCCGUAACAAUCAAAUCUAAGGAGCUAGUGAUUUUUUUUUUUUUUGAAAACGAGCACGUCAUACAAUCCGAGUACAGAUACAACUAAUAAAAGCAAAAAUAGGAAGUCUCAUGAUGCUCUCGGCAACUCUUUCUUUUCGAUUCAUAAAAUAUAUGAAGUAAUUGAUCGUAUAAAAAGCCAUCGAGUCUGCAAUCCUGUUAGCCUCUCUAAAUAUUUGUCUAGUGAAGGCCACUGCGUCACUUUUGUAGCGUAGCUUCUGAAAUUUCCAAAACCUAGCAACCCCAAUAAAACCCUAAUAAAACAGAAUUGGCAAGGGCUCUCGACCGUAAUUCUCGGUGGAGGAACUCAAAACCCUAAUAAAACCCUAGACGUUCUUUCGGGCUCUCUACGAAAACCCUGACGCUAACCCUAAUCUCGCCGGGGAUGGCGUACACGGGGAGGAUGCGGGAGCUGAUGAAGAAGUACGGGAAGGUGGCGCUGGGCGUCCACUUCUCCAGCUCGGCCGCCUCCAUCACCGGCCUUUACAUCGCCAUCAAGAACAGCGUCGACGUCGAGUCCCUCUUGCAGAAGGUUGGCCUCCUCAGCAAGGAACCCUUCGCCUCCUCCUCCGGCGGCGGCGGAGACCCGUCCGGCGACCCCGCCGUCGCGUUGGACAGCAACGAUGCCCCUGCUCCGCCGCCUCCCGUUGGGGAGGAGAAGAAGAGGAACAGGACGGCGGAGUUGGCGGCAUCGAGCGGCGGAGCGCUCGCGCUGGCGAUCCUCUGCAACAAGGCUCUUUUUCCGGUGAGGGUUCCGAUCACCAUUGCCCUCACGCCGCCCAUUGCCAGAUUUUUGGCGAGGAGGAAGCUCGUCAAAAUUCAAGUAUGA